AUAUAGGCUGCAGCCGUGGCGGCGGGCUUGCGCUGAUGAGGCAGGCGGAGGACCGGGGACGCGCGUACACGGACACACUCCUCAAACAAAGAGAAGCACGCGAGGCACCGCAGCAGCAUCCGACCCUUUCACAGGCCAGCAGACAAAACUGAUCAGAUUUUCCUCGCGGGCAGAAGAACCGGACCGAAGCCACCAUGACGACUAACGGCGCAGCCAACGGAACCAGCGACAUGCUGCAGAUCCAGUUCGGUCUCAUCAACUCCGGUAACAAAUACCUGACGGCCGAGACGUUCGGCUUCAAAAUCAACGCCUCGGCCUCGAGCAUGAAGAAGAAGCAGAUUUGGACCCUGGAGCACAGCGGCGAGAGUCCGAGCGGCAACGUGUUCUUCCUCAAGUCACAUCUGGGCCGCUACAUCGCCACCGACAAGGACGGCAACGUGACCGCCGACAGCGAGGUUCCGGGCCCCGAGUGCCGCUUCAUCAUCACGGCGCACGACGACGGCCGCUGGUCCUUGCAAUCGGAGCUCUUCGGCCGCUACUUGGGCGGAACCGAGGACCGCAUCAUUUGCUUCGCCCAGACCGCGUCCGUGGCGGAGAAAUGGAGCGUGCACAUCGCCAUGCACCCGCAGGUCAACGUCUUCAGCCUGACGCGCAAACGCUACGCGCACCUGAGCUCCAAGGUGGACGAGAUCGCCAUCGACAGGGACGUCCCGUGGGGCGUGGACUCCACCAUCACGCUGGUCUUCCGAGAGCAGCGCUACCACCUGCAGACCUCCGACAACCGCUUCCUGAGGAACGACGGCGCGCUGGUGGCCGCCACCGACAAGAACACCGGCUACACGCUGGAGUUUCGCUCCGGCAAGGUGGCGUUCAGGGACUGCGGUGGCAAGUACCUGGCGCCGUCCGGGCCCUCCGGCACCAUGAAGUCUGGCAAGAGUCUGCGCGUGGGCAAGGACGAGCUCUUCCAGCUGGAGCAGAGCCACCCGCAGGUGGUUCUCACUGCGGCCAACGAGAAGAACGUCUCCACCCGCCAAGGUAUGGACCUGUCAGCCAAUCAGGACGAGGAAGGUGACCAGGAAGUCUUCCAAGUGGAGAUCAGCCGCGAGAACAGGAAGUGUGCGUUCCGCACCGCUGCCGGCAAAUACUGGACCCUUACUGCCAACGGAGGCCUGCAGUGCACCGCCUCCACCAAGUCAACUAAUUGCUACUUUGACAUUGAGUGGCGUGGGAAGAGGCUGACUCUGCGGGCCGCUAACGGGAAAUACGUCGCCGCCAAGAAAAACGGCCAGCUCGCAGCCACCAUGGACUCUGCCGGUGAGUCGGAGGAGUUUAUCAUGAAGCUGAUCAACCGUCCCAUCAUCGUACUGCGCGGCGAGCACGGCUUCAUCGGCUGCAGGAAGGUGACCGGGACCCUGGAUUCCAAUCGCUCGUCCUACGACUACUUCACGCUGGAGUUCCGAGAUGGAGCCUACAGCCUGCAAGACUCCACCGGCAAGUACUGGAUGGUCGGCAACGAGCAGGCGGUGGUGAGCAGCAGCGACGCGCCCGUCGACUUCCUCUUUGAGUUUUGCGACUACAACAAGCUUGCCGUCCGCCAUGCCGGCGACGGCAAGUAUCUCCGCGGCGACCACGCCGGCGUGCUGAAGGCCAACGCCGACGACCUCGAGACGGCCACGCUGUGGGAGUAUUGAGGGUGUUGCGGCGGGGGUGGGGGGGAGGGGCGACGCAGUCGUCCCAACGCGACACCCGCCCUUCGCAAUGUCUACUACUCCCCCCGCCUCCCCUUUCCCCACGCCCGUCCUCAUAUAUGACGUCUUGUCUGACUUUAUAUUUUGAACUGCACAGAGAGAAGAGGAAGGAUGGAAGAGGGAGGUUUAUUCUCUGCCUCCCCCGUUCUUCCUUUCUCUCCUUCCUUUCCCAGCUGCCAACCUCUGUAUGUUGCUAUAGUUACCACGGGGCUGUGCACUUUUUUUCCCCUGGUUCGCUGCUCGUUCCCCUCCCCCGAAUCAUUGCUCACCCCUUCCUCGCCUUAGCACCGACUGGUCUUCUUUCUACUCGUCUCUAUUGUAAAUUGAUGUUCCUCUACUUGACCCCCCCCCCUUUUUUUUUCACCCGCCCCACAAAAAAAGAUUCUGCUUCUAAGGUGCGCGGUCUAUAUAUCUGCCUCGAGUAGAAACAGAUUUUUUUUUUCUAUCAAAACCAGAACAGAUGUGUGUGCGCGUGUGUUUCCUGGGCCUCUUGGUUGAGUGUAAGGCCUUCACCUGAACAUGAAAUGGUUCCCUCGUAAACUCGCUUCCUGUGUUGUCCUCUAGCUGUCUUUCUAUUGGUUGGUGGGGAGUCUUGAUUGUUCGGGACCAAACAGGAUGUAGGAAGUCAACGUACAGCCCCCUCCCUAUUGUCCCCAGAACAGUUGGGGGGGAAAAAAAGAAACAAAUCUGGGUGCUAUCACUGCAUGCACCUCACCAGAAAAAAAAAAAAAAGAAAAAACAUGUUGGGCUCGGAGUGACGUUAGAGUCCAAGGCACAGACAUUAUCAUGGUUAAGUGAAGUAGGGAAGCCCAGAAAUGAAUAUUUUGAAAGCUGCUUUUUGGAUCAGAUGAGCACAACGUGAGCUUUGUUAUGUAUGUCGACCAAGCCUUGUGAUUUAACUGGAUUCAACCAUCGCGUCAUCUCGCACAAAGCCGAUACAACUGGACCAUGGUGCUCGUAAUGUGUGCCGUUUGCACCAAUUAGUAAAAUGUUUUGGGUUUUUGUGUUUUUCCCCUCCUGCCAAAGCCAGUGAAGCAUCUCAUCCGUCACAAAGCACUUGAGAGCCUUUUUCUUAACCAGAUCUGCUGCUUCUCGCCCUUCUUUUGUUUCAACUUUGACCAUUGUCAUAUCAGCAUUUUGAAAUGAGGUAUGACUAAAUGUUUUUUUUUGGGGGGGGUGCUUGUUAGUGAAUUCGUAAGGUCAUAGAAGGAAGAAGUGGCGUUCUACAGUCAUGUAGCAGUGAAGCCAAGAAUCUUGUCUUGUUGGCCUGCUUUCUCCAGAGCAAUCCAUGAAGCGCCUCCUAGCACAAAGAAAUGAAACAUGAUUGUAGGCAGUGUUUUUUUUUUUU